UUUCAUUUAUGCCACAAGGCGCCGCUAAUGUUGCACGGCGAACACGCAGCAGCGGCGCGCACAGCGCCGCGCAUCGACGGAAUAGAGCGAGACCGGACGUGAGAGAGAACGAGGCAGACUCGUUCGCGUUCCGCUGAGGUGGUGCAGUUUUCCAGUGUCGCGUAGAGUGUAGUGUUUUUCUUCCUUUCCCCCGUUUCCGAGCAUCGAGUGUUGUGUGCGUCACGGUGAGGCAAAGCAGACCUAUCCCCCAUGAUUAAGGAGUGCAUUUAGUGCAAGGACUGAACACACCUGGGAGCGAUUGAAAAGCACAUCCCACAGACCUCUCCAACUAAAAUCACUCGCCUAACCUUUCCCCUGCCCACCUUAUCCUGCCUCUUAUCCUUCCCUUCCCCCUUCAAAUCUCAAGAAGAUCUUUCUCUCUCUCUCUCUAUUUCUUUCUCUCUCUCUCUGAACCACAGGAAUCUGUGAUUCCGUUAUGGACAGUAUGGAUUCGAAACCAGUUUUGAACGAUGACCCUUCGGUCACUCUGACCAUUCGCCUGAUUAUGCAAGGCAAGGAGGUCGGAAGCAUCAUUGGAAAGAAAGGAGAGAUCGUCAAAAGGUUCCGUGAAGAGUCUGGCGCGAAGAUCAACAUCUCCGACGGUUCGUGCCCGGAACGAAUAGUGACGGUGACCGGGCCAACGAAUUCGAUCUUCAAAGCGUUCACCCUGAUCUGCAAAAAGUUCGAGGAAUGGUGUUCCCAGUUUCACGACAUCCAGGGGAGCGGUGGCGUGCCCAGGCCGCCCAUCACUCUUAGGCUGAUCGUGCCCGCGUCCCAGUGCGGCUCCCUGAUCGGCAAGGGAGGGUCCAAGAUCAAGGAGAUCCGCGAGGUGACCGGCGCCUCGAUCCAGGUCGCCUCCGACAUGCUGCCUAAUUCGACGGAGCGUGCGGUCACCAUAUCGGGCACCAGCGAGGCCAUCACGCAGUGCAUAUAUCACAUCUGCUGUGUUAUGCUAGAGUCCCCUCCCAAAGGUGCCACGAUCCCUUAUCGCCCCAAACCCCAAGUUGGUGGGCCAGUGAUCCUGGCUGGUGGGCAAGCCUACACCAUCCAGGGUAAUUACGCGGUGCCCGCCCACUCGGACGUAAGUACAGUAUUGCCAUUGCCCGCGCCCGCUGCCGGGCCCACCCCGCCCUCGCUGAACACCCAAACUUUGACGACUUCGCCCUUCGCGGCCCACCCCUCAUCCUCGGCCUUCGCCGCUUCUCACGGGCAUCCGCUCCUAUCCACGGCCCACCUUACAACACCCCAUCAUCCCCUCCACCCAAGCCCCUUACACGCCAGCGUGGCAGGCCUCGCCGACCCCCUGCUGAAGAGUGGACACUUGCAGGCAGCCCUCCCGCCCGCACACCUCGUGGCAGACGCCAUGGGCAAACUUGGUAGCAAUCCAUUGGCUGGGCUCGCGGCUCUUGGCCUCGGAGGCCUUGCCACUCCUGCCAACACUGGUGGACUAAACCCUGCAGCAUUAGCAGCACUUGCUGGUAGUCAACUACGUACCAGCAAUACGAAUAGGCAACAACCAGCGGCGAACAAUCAGACGCACGAGAUGACUGUGCCAAACGAACUGAUCGGUUGUAUCAUCGGCAAAGGUGGCACCAAGAUCGCUGAGAUUCGUCAAAUCUCCGGUGCCAUGAUCAGAAUCAGCAACUGUGAGGAAAGGGAGGGUGGCGCCACGGAUCGUACAAUUACCAUUACUGGAAAUCCGGACGCUGUGUCAUUGGCACAAUAUCUCAUCAGUAUGAGUGUUGAACUGCAGAAAGCUAACCUAGAGGCCCAAAAUACCCAAACCCCUGGCAGCGGUACCACUCCCGGGGCAUCCGGGGCCAGUGCUUCUCCCUCUACCACCACUACCACUGCCUCUCCCUUGGCCAGCGCCAUUCCCUUGGCUCAGCUGCUAAGCAAGCCAGGCGCCCUCAACGCCCUCUCUAGCCUCACCGCCCUCGGCGGACUCACGGAAUUGCUAGGUGGCGCUGCUGGCGCGGCUGCAUCCGCGCUACCUGUCCAGACAACCGGCGUGCACCGGUCGCACAAGUUCACGCCGAGGCUACGUAGCCCAGGCGCACCUGGGCCCACUGACAGCGGAAAAUUCAAAUCCGAGCGCACCAAGUACAACCCGUACUGAGCAAGUGAUGGACAACAGGUGGAGAGACGCGAGAUCAGGGAGAUCAUUACACGUACACGCAUUACUCAUCACUACUAUCGCCACAAUUAUUACCAAUACCACUAUAAUCACAACCACAACCAAGAUCAUGAUAUGUACACGGAACACGAGAUUUACAUCGGAGAAAAGUGCGUACGGACGCCAGGGUAGCGCGAGUCCGGAUAUUCAAGACUUGGCUAAGGAUCGGACCAACAUAUGCUAGUUUCUCACAGGAUUAUACAGCGCCGCCAUAAUGCUGAUAUAAUGCGUACAUAUUCGUAGGGGUAAGACGCGCGACGAUCGGUUCGAUUACAGAUCAAUCAAUUCCUUUUUUUUUUAUCUCUUUUUUUUCUAAAUAUUUGUCAUGAUCAUUCAUUCUUUGAUCCGUCAUUUUUUUUUUCUGACUCUUUCUAAUUAUUUUUCGAAGAGAAAUUUGAAAAUGACACGAGGUGAGAUCCAAUGCUAAGUCUUCGGACCUUCACACUAAGUGCGACACGCCCUCCGAGUUUGAUGAAUCUUUUAUCUUCUCUUAUCGCGUACCUUAUUGUUAAGGAACUGAUUUUAAUUUUUUUUUUCUUUUUUUGUUUCUUAUAUUUUUGCUGUUUUCAUAAAUAUGAUAUAUUUAGUUUUAGAGAACUGUAAUAUCGUACGAUAUGGACAAUUGAAAAUAAUGAUGUUAGUAUCCCGUGUAUUUGCCAGAUGGCGACUCGGAGGACGCGACCGCUUGUGCACCGUCGCAAGACAGCCUUUUUUAUAUGUAUAUGUAUACAUAUAUAUAUAAUAUAAUUACGAUGAAUUAUUAAUUGAUUAAUGUUUGAAGCAAAAAAAGGCUCUUCUUAUUAGAUUUAGAUAAUUCCGAUGUAAUUUUUUCUUGUAGUUGUAUAGUCGACCACUUUUGAAUUGAGAGAAAGGAAGAGAGAGCGAGAUAGUAUGAAUGUGACGAGCAGACGAUUUUUAGCAAUGAAACGAAAGAAAAUGAUUAAAAAAAAAAAAAUUUAGAAAGGCGUGUACGAGAUUAAUUAUAUAUAAUUAUGAUUUCUUUUUUUUUUUCGAUUAUAUCUUUAUCUUUACAUAAGGAAUGAACGUAAAAAAUGCAGAAAGAAAGAGAGUAUGUGCCUGUGUGGACGUGAAUGACGAUUGGAAUGAAAGAAGAUAAAAUGAUUAAGCGAAACGAAAUAGAAUGUUCAGAUAUACAUCGUGUCCCGUAAUCAUGUAACCGUGCUUUAAAAUCAACGCCGGACAUUUUCUCCGGAAAUAGAAUAUGGUCUAUCACGACCGAAUGAAAAAGAAUGGUAAAAGAAAAAAGGAAGAAAGAAGAAAAUAAUCACAGAGAGCUUAUCUGUACCUCUGCUUAUAUGAGGUAGCGCACUUCAUCGAAUAUUAUCGGUGAGCAUUAAACAUUGUAUUCGCUAGAUGAGAGAGAAAGAAAAAAAAUAGAACACAUACAAAGUAAUCAAUCGAUUUACGAUAGUGGUCGUUUUAUUGUAAUAAUAAUGAUGGUAAUUAUAUACAAAUAAAGCAAAACGUAAUCAUAUUUCACGAGAUCACGCUCGAUUUAUAUAUGUAUAGAUAUAAAUACGUAUAUAUAUAUAUAUAUAUAUAUAUAUACAUAUUAAUAUGGAAAUAGAGAAGAAAGUAACGAUUCCCCAUGCGAGUUCAGAAUUAAUUAGCAUUAACUAACAUUUUAGAUACGUAUACGUACAGGUAUACAUUUACUUAUUUACACUUACACACUAUAUACACACGUAUACAGGUACAUACAAGGAUGAAAAUAAAAAAUAAAAGAUCGUGUUUUAUCGAAGAAAUAUCGAGUUAUUCGCUGUAAGAAUCGAUCGUCUUUUCUUCUCGAUCAGAAUCUCAGGAGAUAGAAUUAAAAAACUGAGAAGUGAUAAACGAAGAAUGAAUGUUAUGUGUUCGAGAUGGGAAUAUAAAUCGAUUUAAUCGAUGUAAUGGCUGAAACCGGAGAAUCAAGGAAGAUAAAGAAGAAAAGACACGGCGAACGUACAUCGAUUUUUAAUGACGAUCGACUGCAUAGGAGCUCCCAGAUCAAUAUUGUGUGCUCAAUUUCUAGUUUGUAGCGAGAGAAAGAGGAAGAGAGAGAGAAGAUAUAAAUGCAUAGAUCGAACAGGUGUAGAUUUAUAAUUGUUGAGUGAUAGAUCGCUCAUAUAUCAAUUUUUAUCGCGAUUUUUGUGAUCACGAAUCAUCAUCUAAAUCUAUGAUUUAUUUUUUACGAUUUUUUUUUCCUUUUUUUCUUUUUUUGGAAUUUUAAAAAUUUUUAUAAAAUAACAAGUAAAAUUUUCUUGCUUGUUUAAACAAAUUUAAAAAAAAAAUUAAUAAUAGUAAAUUCUUUAAAUUCUUUUUAAUUGAUUUUUUUUCAUUUCGAUAUAUUUGUUUAUUUAAUUAAAAUUUUGAAAAUUAAUUAAUAAUUAAUUUAUGUAUAAUAUCAGAUGACUCGUGAACACAAUUGCGUAAUUUGUAGAAUAAAUAGUACUUCAUAUUGCGUUUUACAUUUUAUAUAUCCCAUAUGUAGCUCGCCUCAUAUAUUUGGUUCUCUCUUGGAGACAAUAAUGAUUUUCUCACGUUGGCGGCGAUUUUCAUAAAAAAUCUAUCAAACAAAGAUUCCAUAAGCGAAAAAAAAAGAAAAAAAGAGAAAGAGAGAGAGAGAGAGAGCGUGUGAGAAGAAGAAUGAAAGGGAUACAAUGUGAACGAGAGAAAACGAUGAGAUUAAAGCGAUCUUUUUCUUUUUCUUUCUCAUCGUCAAGGCGAGAAGGGAGGUUGAUGAGAUAAAUAUCAAGAUACAAAGUGUAUACACACACAGAAUUUUGUAGGUAAUGUUAGUAACUUCAACUGUAUAUUGGUCUCUUAUAAACGAUGUCGCAGAGCUUGUGUGCUUAACAAGACAUUAGCUACUAUCCUGUAUCUCACCUUGUUAAAUAAAGCUAGGCGUGUUUAAUACAAAAAAAAAAAA